UGCGCAUGCGCCGGCCGUUUGGCUCUGGGGCUCGCGAGAGGCGGGGGCCCGAGGUUGUUGUGGAGCGGUUGGAAGCACGUGAAGCGCGCAACGUCAUCAUAAACACUAGUAGAGAAAAUGGCGGCUCCUGCCAGCAGCAAGGUUGUGUAUGAACAAGAAGGGGUUUUCAUUCAUUCCUCCUGUGCAAAAAAUGAUGACCAGGACAGUAUAAUAUCAGGAGUACUACGUGUCAUAGAACAGGAAGCUGAAGUAAUAGUAGACUGGAGACCAUCGGAUGAUACUUUGGACUCUUCCAAUAUCCUCUGUGCUGGAAAGGCAGGGGUCAUUGAAACCAAUAUCUCACUCCUGAGGGAUUCCAGUUCAGUUGUAGAGUGGACACAAACCCCUAAAGAAAAAUCUCCACGAGGGUUGGACCACCAGAAUAAUUAUGAAGCAGAAUGGGACAUGGUCAACACUGUCUCGUUUAAAAAGAAGCCACGUUCUAAUGGAGAUGCCACAACUCAUGCAAAUGGAGAAAGCAAGUGGUCAUUCCAGUUCAAUUUGACAGAUCUGAAGUCAAUCAAACAAAACAAAGAAGGCAUGGGAUGGUCUUAUUUGGUAUUCUGUCUAAAGGAUGAUGUCAUCCUUCCAGCUCUUCACUUCCAUCAUGGUGAUAGCAAAUUAUUGAUUGUGUCCCUUGAAAAAUAUGUGGUGUUGUGUGAAUCUCCACAGGAUAAAAGAAUUCUUCUUGUCAAUUGUCAGAACAAGAGUCUUUCACAGUCUUUUGAAAAUCUCCUUGAUGAACCAACGUAUGGUCUAAUACAGGGAGAACUACUAGACAGAAGAAAGACAUUUUGGGCGGUUCACCAUUGGAAAAAGUUGAAGAAGGAUCCGUAUACAGCAACUAUGGGAGGAUUUUCCAAAGUGACAAACUAUAUUUUUGAUAGUUUGCGAGGAAGUGACCCUUCAACUCAACAGCGACCACCAUCUGAAAUGGCAGACUUCCUCAGUGAUGCUAUUCCAGGACUAAAGAUAAAUCAACAGGAAGAACCAGGAUUUGAAGUUAUUACACGAAUUGAUCUAGGUAAACGACCUGACGUUAUCAGAAGAGAACCAGUGUCUGCUGAAGAAUGGACUAAGAACAUGGAUUCAGAAGGAAGAAUCUUAGAUGCUGACUUCAUAAAGCGCAUGAUAUUCAAAGGGGGACUCUGCCAUGCUUUGAGAAAAGAAGUAUGGAAAUUCCUUUUGGGUUAUUUUCCUUGGCACAGUACUAGAGAGGAAAGAACUAAUUUGCAAAGAAGAAAAACAGAUGAAUAUUUCAGGAUGAAACUUCAGUGGAAAUCAGUCAGCGAUGAGCAAGAAAAACGAAAUUCAAGAUUAAGAGACUAUAAGAGUCUUAUAGAAAAAGAUGUAAACAGAACAGAUAGAACAAACAAGUUCUAUGAAGGCCAAAAUAAUCCAGGAUUGAUCUUGCUUCAUGACAUUUUGAUGACCUAUUGUAUGUAUGACUUUGAUUUAGGGUAUGUUCAGGGAAUGAGUGACUUGCUUUCUCCUGUCUUGUAUGUCAUGGAAAAUGAAGUGGAUGCCUUUUGGUGCUUUGUAUCAUACAUGGAUCAAAUGCACGAGAACUUUGAGGAACAAAUGCAGGGUAUGAAGACACAGCUAAUUCAACUGAGUACUUUGCUUCGCUUUCUAGACAGUGGAUUUUGCAGUUACUUAGAAUCUCAAGACUCGGGAUACCUUUAUUUUUGCUUCCGAUGGCUUCUGAUCCGAUUUAAAAGAGAAUUUAGCUUUCAAGAUAUUCUUCGAUUAUGGGAGGUAAUGUGGACAGAGUUGCCUUGCCAGAAUUUUCAUCUUCUCAUCUGUUGUGCUAUCCUGGAAUCUGAAAAGCAGCAAAUAAUGGACAAGCAUUAUGGUUUUAAUGAAAUACUAAAGCAUAUCAAUGAACUGUCUAUGAAAAUUGAUGUGGAAGAUAUACUCUGUAAAGCGGAAGCAAUUUCUAUCCAGAUGAUGAAUUGCAAGGAAUUGCCUCAAGCAGUUUGUGAGGUCCUGGGGAUGGAGACCAGUGCUGUUACAACACCAGAUUCGGACACUGGAGAAGAUGAAAGUGUUACUGUGAUGAGGCGUUCUUCAUCAACAUAUCAGAAUAUCUCAAUGCCUGUAACUGCUGCCAAUGGAACAAGAGAUAACGCACAACACAUGGCUGUGACACAUAGUGCCCAAAGAUUGACACCUACAUAAUUACACUUGGUUAAAUUCUUGAAGAGACACUUUACUGCAGCUCUUUUUUUUUCAAGCACUUGAGAGGUGGAUGUUUAAAAUUUGAUGUCUGAUUAAGCUUUAAGGUUUUGGAAAGAAAUUCUGUACUGUAAUGCUCUUGCAUUAAAGCUUUACAACAUGACCUGA